CCCAAAGACCAAAGUGUAUUUGGAAGUCAAUGGGAGAUUUAAAGCAAUUGGAUAAAAAGGGCCUCACGUGGUCAAGAUAAUCAGGCUAGGAUAGUGUAGUGCAUUGGAAUUUUAAACAAUUUGUGGUCAUUUCACAUCUGUCGUCUAUGUCAUCUGAAAAGUGAAGAAAUACAGAGUAAUAGGGAAGCUCGAGAUUUAGGUUCAGCUCUAUACCCUCCCUGAACUCCUCUCACGAGUCUUGAGAGCGAGAGAUGAGAUUGUCAAGUGGGAAAGGAGGGCUAGAAGCUGUGGUGCAAGGCAGCAGGCGAGCUGCCCGAGUGGGAGUCGUGGACUGUGGGCAACGUCGCCGAUGCGGUCAACAGUUCAGCUGGGCCAUCAGGGAGAGUAGCCGGCCUGUCAGCCAACGGAGGCGGCGGAAGUCACGAUUCGACACAAUUGACGGUGGAAAGCAAGGGACGACUGACAAGGCGAGUGACAGACUGAUGGCGUCUUUGCGGCUUGCGGACUUCACAAAAAAGAAGGCGAUAACGUUCAUCUUUGAUUGGAGCUUCUGGCAUCAGCGUACAAGUGAGUGAGAAAUUCUGCAGGGCAAGAGUUUUACAUUUGACUAUACCUCUUUAUUUGAAACUGAAUAUAUUUUUAUUUUUGCUUUAAAGGCUUUUCUAUGCGCAACAAUAAGCGUUGGAUCAGCAGCACUAAGAGUAUUAUAUUUCAACUUCUUGGUGUGAUUUAUCAUAAAAUCUGUGAUUUUUAUUUAUGUUCUGAAAAUAAAGAUUGAGGUUGUUCUUUUCUUUCCUUUUAUUUUAUUUUAUGUUCUUUCUUUGAUGAAUGUUAUAUUUCUAUCAUGAAGAUGGAUGUCAUGAAGUUGCAGCAGGAUGAAAAAGAAAAUUCAUCAAGAUUGCUAGCUCAAGAGAUCUACAAAUGUUGAACCCAUCAAGUAUGCCAUUUCCUACAAGGUUGCAAGUCGACUGCCAUCUACGCCAUUGUGUUAGCCAUCAGUGAAAAUUAUCUGAACUCUAACAGUGUAACAAACGAUGAUGACGAUUAACAUAAAAGCAGAGCUAAUCAACCAUCAGAGAACAACAAGAAACUUACCACAACAUAACUGAAUCUAGAGCUCUGUUAAUGUUUCGAGACUGUACUGAGGAAGGGCUGGAAGAGGUCCAUUCUCUUGAGUGUUUGGUUUUCCAUUAUAGAAAAAAGCAAAAAAUAUACUCUAGAUAGCCAACUACUCCAUAUUUUUAUGUCUUUGGCAACUGAAGUGGACAUCGCUGAUUUCAUAUGGAAUCGGUCGGUGUAUCAAAAGUUAUGUGUUUGAUGAAAAAGUUGACUGAUAAGUGUGAUAAAUCGAAAAACAUGUUUAUCAAACGGGCCCCUUC